AUGGCCUCUCCGACUCCUCUUUCGACAUACGACUCCCGUCUGUAUUCCCAACCGCCGCGCCCAAUGUCCCGAACUGCGGUUUCACGGUCCGGUUCUAGACGGGCGUCGCCAGCCCUACAAAGCGCGGAACCGCGACCGGCUAUUUCACGGCACUACUCCGGCGACAGCUCCGAUGAAGAGGUGCCGGAGCCCAAGUUCAGCGCAUCCGUCAAGGCGCUUUUAGAUGGAGACGGUUUGGGGUCCUCGCCCCAUCUGCAGAGAGGCCAUGCUGCUUACGAGCGGCGGGCGGCCGCGGGCUCGAGGCAUUCGAGUCAAUCCCCGCGCAAUUCAUCCCCUCACGACUCCUCGACUGGCAGCCCAGCGCCUCGUGUAGUGCGACUGGGGGCCAUCUCGUCGUCCUCGAGGUUUUCCCGCGAGGGUUCUCCACUGUCGAGUAGCCAGACCGCGGAGCCUGAAGGUCAAAAACCCCCAACUGAUUUCAUUACUCCCGCUCCGCGGCCCCGGAGUGUCCGCAUCAAUGCUUCGCGUAGCCAUACGCGAUCGCCAUCGUCGGUGUCACCUUCUGCUAAGCGUUUCUCUGAACGGAACUCGGGAGAUGAACAUGGCAGUGGUGAUCGGUCUGAUAGUGACCGCAAGUCACGAUAUGACGAGGAUCCAGCCUCUCGCAUUGGUACCUCCUCGGUCUUACGCGGUCGCAACAUGGAGGACUUUGGCCCCCAGAGUUCAUUGCGCGUGAAACGGGUUGGCAGACUUACCGGGACCUUCUUAAACGGUCCUGCCCGUCGCGGAGUUCUGCGCAGGCAAAGUGAGGAGAACAACGAAAGCUACAUGAACGAGGACCUCAGAGAAACGGCGGCGCCGAGCAAUGAGGAUGCAGAAUACCAGCCCCGAGUCAGGGCCUCUUCCCCAAGGUCUCAUGGGCUGACCCUAGUCCACCGCAUGAAAGUGAAGAGCGCCGGAAAGAGCAGCCAGCGUCCAUCGAACGGCCAUUCUCAAGGUCAUCCUCGCCAAAAUCAUAUGGAUCACAAUCCAAGUCCACCCCAGGUUCCUCUUCGGACCUGUCGUCCAAACCAUCCAGUGCAAAGGGAGCAGCCUGUCUAUAAGGUUCCGUCGCUUCCUCACCUGCCUUCCGGGAAAGACCAAGAAAACGACCCUCCGCCAACUUUUAAACGGACGAAGCCUCCGGGAUUGAAUGUGUUGGAUAAGCCCGACAAGUUGUCAGCAAUGUACGAUACCGACAAGAAACCUGCUGAACCACCUGCCGGAAGCUCACCACGCAAAAUUCUUGCUACCAGAAGUAAUAAUGCCCCCCAUCGACCCGCCCCGCCGCCUCCGAAAAUGUCCGUCCUCGAAACCGCGACAGCGACGGGAGGUGCCUCCACUUCGCAGUCGCGUAAGAAGCGGACGCAGGUAUCAAUUAACCAAAAGCACUUCACCCGCCUAGAUUGUAUUGGACGAGGCGGUAGCUCUCGCGUGUACCGAGUGAUGGCGGAAAACUAUAAAAUCUUCGCCCUCAAGCGUGUGAACUUGGAAGACGUUGAUCCGCUCACAUUGGCCGGUUACAAGGGCGAAAUCGACCUGUUAAAGAAGCUGGAAAAUGUGGAACGGGUGGUGCGACUCUUCGAUUGGGAGCUCAAUUCCGACAAACAUUCCCUCAGCGUGUUGAUGGAGAUUGGUGAAUCCGACCUGGAGAAAAUCCUCACCUACCGACUGAAUGCGGAGGAUGCUGUGUUCGAUAUCAACUUUACCCGAUUCUACUGGAAAGAAAUGCUGGAGUGUGUCCAGGCGGUUCAUAACUUCAACAUUGUUCACUCCGAUCUGAAGCCGGCCAAUUUCCUCAUGGUACAAGGCCGUCUCAAGCUGAUUGACUUUGGUAUCGCCAAUGCCAUCCAAGACAACACGGUCAACGUGCACCGGGAGCAACAAGUGGGAACCCCGAAUUACAUGUCCCCCGAGGCGUUGGUCGACUCCAAUGCCUCUUUGGGCCUCCCGGCCAGCGUUGGCAAAAUGAUGAAACUGGGUAAGCCCAGCGAUGUGUGGAGCUUGGGUUGCAUUUUGUACAAAAUGGUUUAUGGCCAGCCCCCCUUCGCGAAAAUCGCCAAGUACUACGAACGCAUCAUGGCGAUCCCCAACCCUCGUGUACAGAUCGACUUCCCAAGUCACGGUGUGGGCGGCGUUCCUGUUCCUCCCGGGUUAAUUCGAACCCUCAAGCGCUGCUUACAGCGUGACCAGACUCUUCGUCCGACCAUCGAAGAGAUGCUGGGCCCGCGAGACCCAUUCUUACACCCCGAUGCCCAGCUCGAGGGCGCGGUUCCUGUGACCCAAGACAUGCUGGGACGCAUUCUCGCAAAUGUCAUCCACCACUGCAAGGCCCGCGGCAUCCCCAAAGAAGAGGAGCUCGCCGCUUGGCCGGCUGGUUUCUUUGCAAAAAUCAAAGCUGCAUUGGAAGAAGAAAAUUCCUGA